AUGGUCUCAAACCCCGAUGGCGUAAGGUUUUUCGUUGGUAUGAAGGGCGACGGCGCUGCCCUAUCUGGAAAAUGGUUCCAGAUCAUCUUCAUGUUGAAAAAUCAUAUCUGCCUUUCAUACAUACGGUGUGUCUCAGAGAAAUCGUCAUCAAGGCCAUCUGAGACAUGGUAUACCGCCGCUAUGGCUGGACAUGAUAAUAUCAAUGGCACUUGCACCCAGUUCCCCAACUCCUGUUUGCCAAAUGAUCCCUCGAAACUGUCCCGCAUGCAGCCCGACGACCUUGAGACGACAGCCCAAAGGGCCAUGGGAAGCAGCUACCUUGAAGAGGACCCGACGAUUCAGCAAUGGCUCGCUACCUUGAUACCGACCAAGCAAGGUGCGAUUGGAUACGCUCUCACGCUUUUCCCCUGCGUGGGGUGGGUGCCGCGCUACAACCUGCGCUGGUUUCUGGGCGACGUCGUGGCAGGCAUGACUGUCGGCCUCGUGGUCGUUCCGCAGGCCCUAGCGUAUGCUCUUCUCGCGAAGCUGACUCCAGAGUAUGGCCUGUAUACUUCUUUCAUCGGCGCCAUGACGUACUGGGUGUUUGGGACGUCAAGAGAUAUAGUCAUUGGGACAACCGCAAUCGGGUCUCUUCUCGUAGGUUCCACGGUCACGGCCGUGGAAGAAAAGCAACCUGGGGUAUACACAGCAGCGGAAGUCGCAGCCUCUCUGUCACUCAUAUCCGGCAUGAUUCUGCUAGCGAUCGGCCUACUCCGCUUGGGCUGGGUUGUUGAUUUCAUUCCGUACACGUCCAUCUCUGCAUUCGUCACAGCAGCGGCCAUCACCAUUCUGUCAACACAGUUUCCAGUAGCACUCGGCAUCCGCGGCAUCAAUACGAGGGACGCGCCAUACAGGGUCAUCAUCAACACCCUAAAGAACUUGGGACAUACCGAACUCGAUGCAGCCAUCGGACUGACAUCUAUCCUCCUCCUCUACCUCAUCAAGACUGCGUGCUCUCAGCUUGAGGUCCGGAAACCUAAGAGGAGGCGCCUCUGGAGCAUUAUAUCGUCUCUACGUUUCACCUUCGUUAUCGUCAUGUUCACUACCAUCAGCUAUCUCGUCAAUUAUAAGCUGCCUCGGGAUGAAGCCAAGUUCCGUUUAGUUGGCAAUAUUGAAGCAGGUUUCCGUCACGCUGGCAUUCCCCGCUUCGACAGCGAACUCACCAUUCUCAUUUUGCCCAAGCUCCCAGCCGUCCUCAUUGUUCUCGUCAUCGAGCAUAUCGCCAUAGCCAAGUCGUUUGGGCGCAUGUAUGGGUACACCGUCACACCCUCGCAGGAAAUCAUGGCACAGGGCAUCGCCAACCUCUUCAGCCCUUUUAUCGGUGGUUAUGUUUGUACUGGGUCAUUCAGUGCCUCGGCCGUGCUGUCUAAAUCUGGUGUGCGAACGCCACUCGCGGGCGUGGUGAGUGCGCUUGUUCUUGUUCUGGCCUUGUACUGGCAGCUCUCACCGUUCGAGCUGCUCAUAUGGGUUGUCGGGCUCGCGAUAGCGCUGUUUGAGUCCCUGGACAUGUCCAUCUACGUCACCACGGGGCUGUCGCUUGGCCUGCUGCUUGUGAGGAUGGCGCGAACGCCUGGAUCGUUUCUCGGUCGCGUCAGGAUUCACCUUGUGCCUGCAGAUGAUCAGGCAAUGCCAGCAUCUCAUCCGUCCGAAGGAGUCGCGCCGAAAGCGAAGACAACAGACAUCAUACCGGGAGAGGUAGCCGUCGAAUCCUAUGACGCGUAUUUGUCCACGCAGCGCAACGAAGGCUUCAACCCCCGGGUACCCUUGGAAACCCCCUACCCGGGCAUGUUCAUCUACCGCUUCCCGCAGACACUCAACUACACCAACCAGGGGCAGCACGUGGAUUUGAUUUCCAGCUACAUCACGUCCAACACUCGCCGUACGACCCCAGAAGAUCCUUCCAUCAAGCCGUCGGACCGUCUGUGGAACGUCCAGGAGCCCCGUCCGAACAAAGAGGCGGGUUCUGCAUCCAUGUUGUUCGACGACCCUCCGUCCAGUCUCGGCUCCACACAAGACGACCACCUCCCACGUCUCCGCACCAUCAUCUUCGACUGCUCAGCCGUCGAUAGCGUCGACAUAACGAGCGUCCAGGGCCUCGUCGAUCUCCGGACGACGCUCGCCCGCCACGCGGCGCCAGGCGUCGUCGAGUGGCAUUUUGCCGGGGUGCGCAAUCGCUGGGCGAGGCGCGCUCUGGCCGUCGCAGGCUUUGGUCACCCUUCGAACACGGACGGGCCGGUCUCGUCGGCGCAGUGGACGCCGUGCUAUGCUGUCGCUGGGUUGCCGGCGGACAUGGGCGGGGACCAAGGCGUACAGUCUGGGGACGAAGAGAAGAGCGACGGGACGCUCGUCGAAAGCGGUGCUGACGAAGACGAUGCGAGCGUUACAGGGUUUCAGCCUGUUGUCGGUGUCAACAGGCCGUUCUUCCAUGUGGGUUUGGCAGAAGCAGUGGAUGUUGCUGUGAGGAGUGCAAAGAUCAGAAACCAGCGAUCCAGAGGUGUCAUUUGA